AUGUUCGCUCGUUCAGGACUCCGCACUCUUCGUUCAUUACCCGCUCGUCAAGUUCAGGCUUCGGUCAACGUGCUGGCUCAGCGCAGGGCCUUGUCGGAUCAGGCUAGAAAGUUGAUCGAUGAUGCUGUCACGCAAAACCCUCUAGUCGUUUUCAUGAAGGGUACUCCCGAUGCUCCUCAAUGCGGUUUCUCUCGAGCGGUCUGCCAGAUCCUCGACGUGCAGGGGGUCUCUCCUGACAAGCUCAAGAGCUUCAACUGCCUUGCGGAUCAGGAGCUGCGAGAGGGAAUCAAGGAGUACAGCGAGUGGCCUACUAUCCCGCAAGUCUACGUCAAGGGAGAGUUUGUCGGUGGUUGCGAUAUCAUCCUGAGCAUGCACCAGUCGGGAGAGCUCGAGAAGCUGUUGAUGAAGGAGGGUCUCGUAUCAGAGUACCUCCCCGAGGACGCCCCCGAGCCGAAGAAGGAUUAG